CCUUUAGCUACCAAACAUGCCUUAUAUCUUUCCAACGUUCCAUCAGCAUUAAGUUUUACUUUAUAAACACCAGCGACAGCCUAUGGCAUGUUUACCAUCAGGAAGAGAUACUACUUCCCAUGUAUCUGUACUUUCCAACGCAAUGAGCUCCUCAUUCAUAGCUUUGAUCCACUCAUCAAACUUCUUAGCUUGAGCAAGCGAAGAAGGUUCAUGAUGAUGCAUAAUAGAGCAAAUGUAGUUCGUAUACGUCUCAAACAGUUUAUCAUAAGAAACAUGUGCUGCCGGAGGAUAAGGAAUAUUAGUCUUUGUCAUGUUGCAGUAAUAAUAUUGGAGAUACACUGGUGUCUUGGAUGAACAUUUCUGACCACUGUCUGAUGCAUGCAUAGAUGAAUCUACAGCUGCAGGAACUUCCUUAUCUUUUGCAGGUAUAGUAGUAGAUGAACUUGGAUCUAUAGAUGCAGGAACUUACUUAAGUACGACAUAUAUAGUAGUAGAUUCAGCUCUAGCUGGUGCUGCAUCAUUAGUCAUAGGAGAACCAAAUAUGUCAGGAAGAUCUUCAGGUUGAUCAAACGGAAAUAUAUUUUCAUGAAAGACCACAUUUCUGGAUAUAGAGAUGACAUUAGUUUCCAAAUCCAUAACCUUGUAGCCUUUAUAACCAGACGGAUAUCCAAGAAAUAUACUUGCUUUGGCUCUUAGUUGAAAUUUAUGUAUGUAUCCAAACGUACGUAUCCUAGUGUAGUCUGGUUUCUUAGAAGUAAGCAUUUGAUAAAGAGAUUUAUCUUUGAGUAAAGGAGUAGGAAGACGGUUUAUCAAGAACACCGAAGUUAGAACACAGUCUGACCAGUAUUCAAGAGCUAGCUUUACCUGAAACAUCAAUGAACGAGCAACAUUCAAUAUAUGUUGAUGCUUCCUUUCAACAACUGAAUUUUGCUCUGGAGUCUCUGGACAAGAAUGAAAGGCUGUGAUCCCUUUGGCUUUGUACAGAGCAGAAAAUUUCAGCUCAGGUGUGUUAUUUGACCUUUACCCCUUUAACUGUUGUUUUGUACUGCGUUUCUACCAUUGUUAAGAACUCCGGAAACAAUGUAAGGACCUCAUCUUUUGUGUGCAUGAGAUAUAUCCAGGUGACUCUAGUGUGAUCAUCUACAAUCGUGAGAAAGUAUCUAUAUCCUUCAUUUGAAGUCACUGAGAAAGAUCUCCAAGUAUCAAUGUGCAACAAAUCAAACGGCUUGAUACUCAUAUUGUUUGGAGAGGGAAAAGAUAGAUGUUUCUGUUUGGCAAGAUGACAAAUAGAACAAUGAAAAUAUGUUUUAUUUCUUUGAGGAAUUCUCAGUACAUUGGAGAUUGAAUCAAUCUUUUGUAUUGCAGGAUGUCCUAGUCUAUUGUGCCACAAGGCAGAAUCAAGAACAACAUUCGCACAAAAACUUGACGGCCUUGUAGAGAGUUCACCAAUAGAAGCUUCAUCCAGAAUGUAGAAGUUUGUGAUUUCUUCACCCUAACCAAUCAUCAACCCCUUGGAAAGAUCAUGAAUCAUACAAGAUCCACUGUCAAACGCAACUCUAUAACCCAAGUCUCUUGUCAUCUGACUGACACUGAUGAGAUUUAAUCUGAAAUCCGGAAUAUAGAGGACAUUAUUCAAGAUUAAAUUCUCAUUUAUCUUGACCUGUCCAGUUCCAAUUAUCUUCACUCCUAAACCAGUUGGUAAGCUUACUGACUGAUUAAGAGUUUCAGAUAAAUUCAGAAACUUGGUUCGGUCAUGAUACACAUGGCGAGUUGCACCACUAUCAAUGAUCCAAGAUACAGAGGACAAUACAUUUCCAGUAGCUCGUAGAACUCCAACAAAGUAUAGAGUGUUGGAAGAAAGAGUCAUACCAGGGAGAGUUGUGAUAGAACCUCCAGAAGUAGAAGCCACAUUUUGAUUUGGGUUACUGGAAAGCUGUAACUGAGUGUUGAAAUACUCAAUACUCCUUGAAUCUGAUCUUUGGACAGUGUAUUCAUCAUGCAUGUAUUAAUAGAAUCAUUAGUAUUGUCAGCAAGAGUCAUAUUUGCUACCACAUGUUUCACUGGAUUGGUUUGUUUCUCAGCAGCUGCCAAUCUUUUAGAUUUGAAACCCGGUGUAAAACCAUGAAUCUUGUAACAUUUAUCCAUAGUGUGACCGGAAUAGCCACAAUGAGAACACAGAGGCCUGCUUUGGCGAUGAGACUGCGAUGACUGAGCCGGAUUGAUUGAAGCUGGAGGAAUCUCAGUUGUGACUUGAAAAGCAGAUGCAUUCGAGAUAAGAUUAAUGCUCCUUUGACUGUGAUUUUGAUCGAGAAGGUUGUAGACCUCAGCCAGAUCAGGAAAUUUUUUUUUCAUGAUGAUUUGACUUCAAGCAUUGGAGUAAGAAUCAUUCAAUCCUGCUAGUAGCUUGAUGAUAUUAGCAUGCUCUGCCUUAGUAUACGCCUCCUUGCAACAAUCACAGUUUUGACAAGUCUUAACACAGUCCGCUCCAUCAAGCUCAUCCCAAAGAGUCUUUAGUUUUGUGUAAUACGUAGAUAAAUCCAUAGAAUCUUGAUGGAGAGACCAGAUUUGUUGAGUAAGAUGAUAAGAUCUUGGCGAAUUUGUGAUGCGGAAUCGUGUCAUCAGAUCUUUCCAAAUUUCAGAAGCAUCAUUAAACCUUAGUAUACUUCCAUAGAUCUGCUUCGUCACAGAGUUAAGAAUCCAAGACUUGACCAUACUAUUGCAACGAGACCAGAUUCUAUAAUGAGGAUGAUUCUCAGGUGGCCUAGGUAAUGAAUCAUCAACAAAUGAUAGCUUUUUCUUCGAAUCUUAGAGCAAUAGUGAUAGCUAGAAUCCAAGUGCUAUAGUUCGUACCGUCAAGUACCUCUGGGAUGAUGGAUGCUCCAUGAUUAUCACAAUUUGUUAGGAAGUAAGGCGAGUACUGGAUUCCAUCGAAGUUAAACGAUUAUGUUGGAAUCAGAUUUGGAAUGUUCAUCGGAAUAGAUGAGCUAGGAUUUGUUGGAAAUGGCAUCGAAAUGGCUGGAUCUGGAACAGUCGUCGUCGAAAUAGAUCGCCGAUCUGCUCGUCUCGCCGGAUUCGUCACUUUCGUCGCUGAAGUAGCUACACAAACACCUUGACGCGAAGAUUAACGAAGAGUAACCAUUUUUGAUGAUGAUAAAGCUCGAUUUCGACGGAAUAAUCGAAAUCAGAAGCUAGAUAGUGAUCGAUCGGUGAAGAAACCGAUGAAUCUUGGUCAAAGCAAGCGGAAAAAAACGAAGAUCGAGAGCUGAGUUUCGAGCUCGGUGCUCUUAUACCAUAAUAGAAGAAGAAAGUUUGUUGUAUUGAUUGUAACUGAAUCUGUUACAUUCACUUUUCAUAUGAAAGAGUGUUUUCGGUAUAAAGCAUAACCGAAUAAAAUAGACUUGGUUUAACAUAAACCCGACUAUACAUUUUGAUAUCUAAUAUCUAUGAAUCUCAACUAAUUAAUUAAAUCUUGCGGUGAUCAGCGACGAAGAUUCUGAAUUACGGGUCUUGUUUAGAAUCUAUUUUCUUUCGAUUCGAGGUUGGUCGUGUGUAUCUUUGUGACUGGAGGAGUUAGAGACAAUUCUACCAUCCGGACACAGUGGUUUAAAUUUGUUUUGGUGGGAGUCUUUUUCUUGUAUACGGUAGAUUAUGUUCGGUAAAGUCCCUAAAGUGCUCAUGGGUGAUAGAUAAUAUAUCGAUCAUCAUUGUAUAUUUAUGGUGAGGUUGGUUUGAUUAAUAUAAUUUGAAGCUGAGCCCAAAAUAUUGUCCUCACCUGCAUAAUACUUUCUAUGGCUUAUAUAGGGUGUAGGUCGAAUUUCAAAACCUAAGCCUCGAAUUGUUAUUAACAGAAAAACAUUGGGGCUAAACUAGGAAACAUAAUUUUACAAAACUUAAAAAAGUCUCUCAUAUGAUUCACACGUCUGUCUUCAGGUAGAGAGAGAAAUGAGAAGAGUGACACAUCAUUCCAUCCCACUGAGGAAUAUCGUCGAACACUUAAACUGCAAAACCUUCCUCAAACCAAUAUCUUCUCUCCCAAACCCAAAACGAGAAUCACGAGAACCCUCCUCGACCCAAGACCCGUACUCCCUACUCAAGCAAGACCCGGUAGAAAUCUGCCUCUCCCUCUGGGUCAAAUCCUUCUCCUCUCCUCCCUCCUCCACUUUCUCCAACCUCACAGGCUUCCUCUCCAAAUUCGACCUAUGGAUCCUCGCCUACCAGCGAACCUGCGCUCACGUCACCGGAACCUUCCCCCCGCGCAGCGCCAUCCACUCCACCGCCCUCCGCUCGCUCCUCUCCCUCCAGCAAGCCGUCACGCGCCCCGGCGGCAAGUUCCGCUGGAACGACAAGAUGAACCAGCUCGUGCGGAGCCCUCGCGAGAAAGGAGCCUCGGCGAGUGCGAAUGCGAAUGCCAUGUCGAAAGGGGAGUUGAGGAGGAUCAUGGAGUCUGAAGAACCGAUUUUUCAGGACCGUGUGGUUCACGAGGUGCUGUUGAUGGUCGUGGAGCCGUUCUUUGAAGCUAGGUUUUCGAGUAAGAGCCAUGGGUUUAGACCUGGGAGGAACCCACAUACUGUGAUUAGAACUGUUAGAAGUAACUUCGCUGGGUACUUGUGGUUUAUUAAAGGCGAUGUUAGUGAGGUUUUGGAUCGUGUUGAUGUCGAUGUGGUGAUGGGUUGUCUUCAGAAAGUUGUUAAAGAUAGGAAAGUCCUCGGCUUGAUCGAGUCUUCCUUGAGAAUGGGUGAUAAGAGAGUGAUGAAUCGUGUUGUUGAGGAAAAUGGCAAUGAUGGUUUGGGAGCUAAGAGGAGGAUUGAGCGUGAGAAGAGGAUGAGGACGAAGAAGAUUUUGAAUGAAGAUGAGCCAAAGCCUGAUCCGUAUUGGCUGAGGACUUUCUACAGUUUUGCUCCUAAGGAAGCUGCCAAGGUGCCUUCUUAUGGGUACUGUGGGAUACUGAGUCCUUUGCUUGCUAAUGUGUGUCUUGAUGAGCUUGACCGGUUUAUGGAGACGAAGAUAGUUGAGUAUUUUAAGCCUUGUAAAGACGAUUCUAUAUGGAAGGAGUCUAUUGAAGAUGGUUGUCAUAACCCGGCGUGGCCUGAGUUUGUUCCAUCGAGUGGGAAGGAGAAGACUAGGAAGAUGGAUUACAUUAGGCAUGGAGGUUAUUUCCUGAUUGGGAUUAGAGGGCCUAGAGAGGAUGCAGUAAAGACGCGGAAGGAAGUCAUUGAGUUUUGCGAUAGAGUUUUCGGUUUGAGGUUGGAUAAUUCAAAGUUAGAGAUUGAACAUAUCAGCAGGGGGAUUCAGUUUCUCGACCACAUUAUCUGCCGUAGAGUUAUUUACCCUACUCUGCGUUACACUGGAAGUGGAGGCAGCGUUGUGAGCAAGAAGGGGGUUGGAACGUUGCUCUCUGUGUCUGCUAGCUUAGAGCAAUGCAUCCGGAAAUUUAGGCGGCUUGCUUUUGUUAAAGGAGACAAAGAUCCCGAGCCUUUGCCUUGUAACCCGAUGCUUUAUUCAAGCCAGUCUCAUAGUAACUCUCAGAUGAAUAAGUUUCUUGAAACAAUGGCUGAUUGGUACAAAUAUGCAGACAACCGCAAGAAGGCUGUUGGGUUCUGUGCUUAUGUGAUUAGAAGCUCUUUGGCUAAACUAUACGCUGCAAGGUAUAGGCUUAAAUCUCGUGCCAAAGUGUACAGCAUAGCCACAAGGGAUCUUAGCCGUCCAUUAAGUGAGAGCAGCAAUAACUCUGCACCUGAGUACUCUGAUCUUCUCAGGAUGGGACUAGUAGAUGCUAUAGAUGGAGUUCAGUUCUCUCGCAUGUCUUUUAUUCCAUCUUGUGAUUAUACUCCAUUUCCUAGGAACUGGAUACCAAACCAUGAGCAAGUUUUGCAGGAGUACAUCAAGCUGCAAGACCCUAAAUUCUUCUGUGAGUUGCAUAGGUCGAUAAAACGCAAGGGCCUAACCUUGCCUCAUGAUGAGAUCUCAGAGGUUGUGUGGGAUUUUAAGACUCUUGGUGCUUGGAGAUCAAAGUGUGAGAGUAAAAGAGAAGCAGAUGAUGGGUUGGAGAAAAUAGACUCACCACUAUGAUUAUAUACCAUGGCGUCUUUUAAAGAGUUGAUCUUUGAUACACCAGAGACAGUAUAUGCAUCUUCCUUCACAUUUAGCCAUUGUUAUAUGUUGAUUGGAAGCUCACUGUUAUACUUCAAGGCAUGAAUUUCAGAACUUGGUCGUUCACAUUAUGAUCCAUUAAUAGUUCUCUGUAAAAAGGAUUUUCUUUAUGAUAUUAAUCUAACUUUCUGUUGAUAUGGAACAGUUUCUGUUUUUUAAUAUUUGCGUACAUCAUAAAGGGUAUCAACUCUCGAUCUGAAGUGCUGAAACUUUAAAUGUUCAUGACAGGCUUGUGGUAUUAGCAAAAGUGAUCUUCUCAGGGUCUUUCUCUUUGAUGAAGAUAUCAUUCACAGGAACCCAUAUCAUGAGUUCCUCGCUUUUGACUCCGGUUCUCUACAAAUGCAGUUAUCUUCGUGUCAUAUAUCACUCUUUACGACCUAGUGAGCUGAAUGUAUGCUAAAUCUUGUUUCUCAUCCUCAUCCACACAAACCCUUUUGCAAUAUAAUAAAACAUUAUGGGGUUUGAAUGUUUGAUGAUGUGUUUUAGAACGUAAAUGGAACAUGAUAUCUGUGUGGUGAGCAUUCUCAGUCCCUUUUUUGGCUGCAUGACAACCCUAUUAAUUAAAGUCAUUCUAAGUAAUUUCUCUUAAUUAAAUGAGUUUAUUUUUUGGUUAAUUUAUUUGAUA